AUGUCCAAAACAUGGGAGUCUAGUAGAGCGUUAACCUUUUUAGUUAAUCCAGUUAGUGUUUUUGAAAAAGAGUUGCAACAGAUGAAAAGUAGGGAGAAACUAAAUUUGUGUGCUUUACUUCUUGUGACUAUAUUUAACAAUAAUUUUGAUAAUACAUUGCUUAAUGAUGACAUAGAUUUAAGCGAUCGUAAUACAUUAGAUAAUAUACUUGAGGAAUGCGGUGAAACACGAGGAACUUCAAGAAAACUAAUCAAAGAUCAUUUAGACACAUUGAUUGGAGUUUAUUUAAUGUUCGAAGACAAUUCUUACCGAUUUACAAAUGAAAGGUUAUUUGAAAUGACAUUCACCUUUAUGGCUAAAACAUUCUUGAAAUGCAUUAUCAAGCAUUGUAAAGUAUCAAUGCUUUGUGAUAAAUUUGGUCUUGAGUGCUUAGAUGAAAGUCGGCAACACUAUCAAUUUUUCGUACCAAGUAGUUUUGAGAUUUUCUUUUUUGAACGAUUAUUAAAGGAGUCAAAUGAUGAUAAUUUCCUUGAUAUUUUUGAUUGCAAACAAAUGAAUGACACAACAUACAGAGCACAAUUCCUUGCAUUUUGUAAAGAUUUUGAUUCUGAAGAAAUAUUUAGAAUAAUGAAACUAUCAUACUUUGGGAUCGAUCUCCUUCAUCUCGUAUCCAAACGUGGCUACAUCGAUUUUGCUUUAUUCUGUAUAGAAAAAGGUGUAAAUAUAGAUAAAUAUGACGACAUAGGAAUGACCCCAUUACAUACUGCGUGCAAGUAUGAGAAUGAAAAGUUAGUCAACUUAUUGUUGAAGAAAGGUGCAAGUGUAAAUUCUUAUAGAUCAAGAGGAUUUACUGCAUUAUUUGGAGCAUGCAUGUCUGGAAAAAUACAAGUUGUAAAACAUCUUUUGGAGAAUCGAGCAGACCCAAAUCUGUGUAGUGGUAGGCGUUUAAUACCUUUAUUGCUUGCUAGUGAAAAAGGAAAUUUGGAAAUUGCCAAAUUAUUAAUAGAAUUCGGGGCAGACAUAAAUAAACAAGACAGUAGAGGUAUUACUGCUCUCCAUCAAGCUUGCAGCAGUGGUUAUGAGAAAAUCGUCGAACUAUUAUUAGAAAACGGAGCAAAUUCUAACGAGUGUUCUUCAGAUGGUGAAACGCCUUUACAUAUAACUUGUUCUACAUCGUUCUACAAUAUAAUGAAUAUGCUUGUUGCUAAGAGGGCCGACCUUAUGGCUCGGUCAGGAAAAACUGGACUGACACCUCUAAAUGUUCUUCAACGAGAUAACAGUGAGGUAUUAGUCAGUCUUCUGCGGAAUGUUAUUUCAAAAGAUGAAAUGCAUUCAAUAAUUGAAUAUGCUCUUAAAGAAAAUGAUAAAAAUCUUGUUGAAAUUUUAAUAAAAAGUCGUCACACAGAAAUCAACGAGUUCAUGGAUUCAGGAAAAACCGCACUUCACAUAGCGUGUUUAAACGGUGACCUAGAUAUUGCAAAUUUAUUAAUAGAAAAUCAGGCAAAUGUAAAUACUUGUACGACGAAAGGCGAGACAGUAAUUCAGCUUGCAUGCCUCAGUUCAAACUGUGACUUAGUAAAACUGUUGAUCACUAAAGGUGCUAAAAUAGUAGAUUCAAAUCAGUCAACAAUUUUACCAUUACCCCUUCAUAUAGGAUGCCUUUUAAAUAAUUAUGAGAUGUGCUCACUUCUUCUACACAGUUCUGUUAGCACUGAUAUUAAUAAAAGUGUAGAAUUAACUGUUAAUACCGUAUAUGCAAUUAGAACUACUAAAUAUGUAGAUGACUUAUUGGAAAAAGUUGGACAAUGGCAUAACUGUUAUGUCACUCCCUUAGAAAUAGCCUGUUUAGAACAAAACAUAGACAUAAUGAGGCUUCUGCUAAACAAUGGUGCAGAUCCUAACAUCUGUUUUCAUUCGGGAAGUUUUCCACUAGCUCUGGCCUGUAUCUUUGAAGACGAGAAAAUGGUCGACCUUCUGUUGAACAACAGGUCUAACGUAAACACGUUUACUGACAUUGACGAUAUAUGCAAUGCCGUAUUCCAAUGUGGUAACAUAGUGGAUAUUGUAGAAAAAAUCGCAUAUAAACAGUUUGAUAUACCUACAUUUCCAUUAUCACCAUUGCAUAUAGCAAGCAUCAGCAAUAAUAUUAAUAUCGUGCAGAUGCUUUUAAAUAGCAAGGCAAAUUCUUAUGUGAAAUGUUCUAUAAGUCCAAUGGUACUUAAAGUGUUAAGUAAAACAAUCAAGAGUGCUGAAAGGCAUGAAGUAUCUCCAAGUAGCCAUGCUAAAUGCAGUAUUAUUCACAAUGUUCUUCCUCUCCACAUAGCUUGUUUAAUAGGAAAUGAUGACAUUGUUGAGAUUUUAUUACAAAACAAUACUGAUUACGGUCCUUACUAUACGGAGAGUUUAGUUGAACUUAACACAGAGCAGGUUAUGUGUAUCCAUGGUUUACUAGAUGAGUUUGACAUAAUUCCAAAUCAAGAGCAGAAAUUUAUGCUUUCGCCAAUUCAGAUUGCAUGUUUUAGUAGUCACUGGACUAUUUUGAAAAAGCUAUUUGAAUAUGGGUCUGUUAUAUUUGAAACUUGCGAAAUAUCAAACACAUUAAUGGCUUGCUUCAACCGAAAAGUUAAGGAUUCACAUGAUUUCAAAUAUAAAGAAACAAUAUAUAAAACAUCAGUUGAAAACAUUUUGUAUGAGUUCAAUCAUAUCAGUAUAAUACGAGACUUAAAAGAUUUAGGACUCCAGAUAGACACAGACCAUUUUAACAAAAUGUUGGAAACCUUUGUCAAUAGCUGCUAUACAGGCGAUCUACAAACCGUUGGAACUCUUGUAAACAUCAUUGAAGAUUUAUCUAUCAUUUACAAAAAUAAAGCUGCGAUUCAUUAUGCAUGCGAGGCCAACCAUGCAGAAGUAGUGGAUUUGCUGGUGUCACAUAAAGCCGAAGUGAAUUGCCGAGCUAUGGAUUGUGAAACUCCAAUUCAUAUAGCUACUAGAAAUGAGUGCACACAAAUAAUUGAAUUUUUGAUAAGAAAUGGCGGAAACCCGUCGCUUACAAAUAAUGAUGGCGACAAUUCAUUUCACAUAGCAUGCAUGAAAGAUAAUGCAGAAUGCUUACUGCUCCUUUUUCAAUUUACUGAAAAUAGUUUUAUUGAUGAAGAAUAUUAUUAUGAAAAAUAUAUAGAUACGAAAAAUAUCUCAGGAAUGUCACCGCUUUCUAUUGCAUAUAAUAACAGAAAUAAAAAUAUAUUAGAAAUUCUUAUUCUGAAGGGUGCCGAUAUCGAUAACAUAUACGGACUACAACAAGAAACAUUGUUGUUUAAGGCAUGCAAAGAUGGAGAAGAAGACAUAGUUUCGUUUCUGCUUGAAAAAUCGGCAAGCACGAACGUCUAUAAUGUUGAUCGCAAAACACCUCUCUAUAUAAGCUGUUGUCUUAAUUAUGACAAAAUUACAUGUAAACUUCUUGAAAAUAAUGCUAACGUGAAUAUAAACUCGUAUGAUUGUUAUAGUCCCCUCUACCAUCUUUGCAUGAAUAAUAAUGUUAAAAUUGCAAAAAUGUUAUUGCAAAAAGAUGCAAAUGUGGAUUUUGUAUUAGGGAAUACUGAAAGUUUGUUGAUAAUGGCCUGUAAACUUAAUCACCCUGACAUUGUAGAUUUAUUAUUGCAGUACAACGCAGAUGUCAAUUACUGCCAUUAUAGUGGUGAAACAGCACUUUAUUUUGCUUUUGAAGAUGGGAACAUAGAUAUGGUGCGACGCCUUCUAAACAACAAUGCCGAUUUGAACGUUUGCAAACACGAACGCGAUUUCUUCUUAUAUCUUGCCUGUAAAAGAGGACAUUAUGAUCUAAUGAAACUUAUACUUGAACAUCAUAAUGAAAUUGAGAUCAAUAAGGUUAUUUUCAAUGGCCUGAAUGUUAAUAAAAAACGCAAUAAAGACGGUCAUACGGCCAUACACAUUGCGUGUGCUGCAGGUAAUAAAGAGGUAGUUAAAUUUUUAUUAAGUUGUAAAAAUAUAAAACCAGAAGAUGCAAAUGCCACUCUAAACGUUUCAAAUGAUGUUCAUGGACAGGGUGUUCAAAAUCUCCUAGGAAAAACCUCUAUAGAAAAAAUGGAAAAUAUAUUGCCAAUUCAUUUGGCGUGUUUGCUAGAUAAUGAGGAGAUAAUGACGAUUACCUUAAUAAUUUUAUUGACUGUGAGAUACCAUGGAACAGAAACCAGUGUGCCUUAA